UAAUCUAUGGAUGAACAACGUCAUACUGGCAAGGGUAGGGAUACUUAAUAAUAUAUAAAUCAAUCACUUACUGCGAUUAUUUUGAUUUUCAAUUAAAAGGAGUCUGAAUCCAGAAAUGUACCAUCAACUCAUUAACCCCACUAUAAAAGUGUUCCGGUGAUCAAACCAACAUUCACAUUGACUUGUUGGAAACCACUUUAUUACGAGGACAUGAUUAUGACGAUAAAAACACACACACACACACACACAAACCUGUUCCUGGAGUAGGAGGCCUUUUAAAUUUUCUAUAGGCUGGCCAAUAAAUGUAUUGUAAAACUUUUACCACAUUUUCUAAUCAAUGACUUGAGAGGAUAGUUGUAAAUAAAUUUGGAGACGAUAACUGGAGACAGUCCUCCUGACCUCGGGUUCGCAUGCAAACCCUUCAGACCUUUCUGAUAACAGCCCGAUAAAAGCAGAUAUCCACCUCCUGUCCAAGGUCUCGUCCUUGAAUAUAACCGUUCAGCAGGCGAUUACCUCUAAGAUCCAUUCCCUGGACCGCGGGCUCCGGGUCGCCACACAACGACAUGCUGUCCCACCUGCUGCUGCUGAUCGCGACCGCGGCCAUCGUCGCGGGGAGCCCCGCGGCGAGCCGGGCGAAGACCCACAACAAGCUGCUGAUGAUCUCCUUCGACGGGUUCCGCUGGGACUACGACCAGGACGUGGACACGCCGAACUUCGACCAGCUGGUGCGGGAUGGCGUGAAGGCCAAGUACAUCUCCCCUCCCGCGAUCACCAUGACCUCCCCGUCCCACUUCACCACCGUCACCGGCCGUUGGAUAGAGGACCACGGCGUGGUCCACAACAUGAUGUACAACGCCACCACCAACCAGAAGAUCCCCCACAAGGUCGCCAUGACCCGGUCUGAGUGGUGGGACAACGGAGCCCUACCCCUGUGGAUCACAGCCCAGAACCAGGGCCUGAAGGCGGCUUCCUUCUACUACCCGGGGGGCGGAGUCACAUACCGAGGGCAGCCGGUGAACCGGGCGCUGGUGGAGGUGGCGACCCGGCCCGACGACAACGAGACGGAGUGGCGGGAGAACAUCGACAAGGUGAUGGGCUGGUUCUCCCAGGAGGACUUCGACUUCGUGACGCUGUACUACGGAGAGCCCGACAACGUCGGCCACGCCAAGGGCCCUGACCACCCCAAGAGGAAGGAGAUCAUCCGGCAGAUCGACCGCACCGUGGGCUACCUGCGCACCGCCAUCGCCCGCCACGGCCUGAACGACAGCCUCAACGUCAUCAUCACCUCCGACCACGGCAUGACCACGGUGAAGAAGCGGCCGGAGGUGGACGAGAUCGUCCUCAACAAGUACCUCAACCUGCUGAAGCUCACCAGCUUCGAGAUCCUGGACUACGGCGGCUACGGCAUCGUGACGCCGCGGCCGGGCCGCGACCAGGAGGUGUACGACCUGCUGUCCCUGGCGCCCAACCUCACGGUCUACAAGAAGGAGGAGCUGCCCGAGAGCUUCCACCUCCGGCUGAGCGAGCGCAUCACGCCCAUCGUGGUGGUGGCUGACCUCGGCUUCAACCUCAACUCGAGGUUCAUCGUCUACGUGAACAAAGGCGACCACGGGUUCCACAACGGUGAGAUGGACAUGAAGAUGAUCUUCAGGGCCUUCGGACCUGAGUUCAAGAGGAACUUCGUGGCCGAGCCGUUCGACAGCAUCCACAUCUACCCCCUGAUGUGCCGACUGCUGAGGAUCCAAUCAGAGCCCAACAACGGCUCGCUGCUGUUCACUGAGGACAUGCUGCUCCAGGGGGUCCCAGUCCCAGUCCCAGGUGCAGUCGGGGUUCGCAGCCAAUCAGGUCUCGCUAUCCUCGCGUCGCUGGCCCUUUACCUUCUCACCGUCUGCUAGCCUUUGUGUCGUGUCCGUUUCUCCCCCCUUUCUUUGGUGCUCCCGGUCAAAUUUGACUGGCUUGUUUUAACUGCCCUUACAUUAACACAAAAAAAAUCAUCACCAAAUUUUAUUUAACUCCCUUUUAACCUGUAAACAAUGUCUCAGACUACUGGUUUACAAGAAUAACUGCAGUGAAUAGCGACAGAAACAGAAAUUGAAAGUUGUAUUCCAAAAUUAACAUUUAUUGUAAAAAAAAAAGACAGAAAAAUCAAAACAUAAACAUGAACACAAGGUGCUGGCGCUUUGAAUUAGAGGAGUCACUAAAGCUUUCCCCAGCUCUUCCAGGAAGAGUCUCCUCUUGAAACAUUUGCCCUGAUUCCAGGCCGGGUCGAUCGCUGUCCACACCACAUAUGCAUUACAUGCAGACACAUCGAGGAUGUUGUGGAACACCGCCACAGGCCAACGAGCGGUCAUUCGCUUGCAGGUGUAUGUACCAGUAAGAUGCAUUGAUGGAAACAAUAUUGAAUAGAUUGGAAACAAUAUUGAACCUGUCUUGCACAAAAUGCAAUGUUUUACAUGAAUACAAGUAAAUCAAAAGCAUGACAGAUGAAAACAUACGUUACCUUAUCAAGGCAGUCAACGCCUCCUUUGUUCCUGUUGUAGUCCAGGACGGUCUGGGGUUUCCUGUGAUCUGCUUCGCUGACAGCGGCGUCUUUGUGUACAGUGCUCAUCAGGAUCACAUUCUUAUUUUUCUUGGGCAAAUACGACACAAGACUGUGCGUCAGUGAAAGCAAAUUUGGAUGAGUGCCUCGCACCCUGUGGUCGACACCAGUGCAGGGGGAAGUUGAGGCUUGUCCUUCCUCAUUGUCUCCACCAUGGUGAGCUUUCUUUUCAGCAGCUCCUGACCAAGCCCAUGUGAUGUGAAAAAGUUACCACAAGUGAUGUUAUGCCCCUUGAGGCCCGCUUGUUUUUUUCUGGCCUUCCAGUAACAGGUUUCCCUGUGUAAACCUGCAUAUUCCAGGCGUAGCUGCUCCUGGCAUCACAUGCUGCCCAGAUCUCGAUCCCAUACUUGCCUGGUUUGCUUGGGAUGAACUGUUUGAAUGGACAGCGACCUCUGAAAGGGACCAGGCGCUCGUCCACUGUCACCUCGGGGUCUGGAUUGUGCAUCAGUGGUCGGCGCUCCACCCACCUGACCCAAACGUUCCUGAUGGCAGCCAGUUUGUCGUCUCGCCAGUGGAAAGGUCGUGUAGCUCUGUCAUCAAAUCUGAUAACUCUUGAGAGGAUAUGAAACUGCUGCAGGGACAUAGUUCACCGGAAUAUAGGCCUCCCUGACUCUGCAUCCCACAGACUUUUCCUAGCCUCAUUGUUGGACCGAUGUACUCCUGCUAGAAUCAACAGACCCAUGUAGGCUUGGAGGUCUACCUGGUCCAAUGCCUUCCAUGUGUCCGCAAACACACGCCCCCCUUCCAGGUUUGUCAUCGCCAGUAUAAUCUCCACAAUGGACUCUGGUAAAAAGAGUUGGAAGCUGGACUUGAUGUCAUCCGCACGAGAUGCUGCAUACCGUGUUGGCCCUGGCGUCAUCCUAAUGGUAUUUUCCCCUCUUGCUCUGCCUCCUCUGUCCUGGGGGAUGAAUACCAGAGCAAGUUGCCAUCCUUGGACUGUCACCUCAGGUGUGUCUUCCCCAGGUGCCUCUUCCUCAGGUGCCUCUUCCUCGGGUGCCUCUUCCUCGCCAUCCGUUGACUGUUCGGUCUCAUGAUGGUCUGGAUCAAAAUCAGGAUCGUUGUCUUCUAUUUCUGAGACAUCCUUCUCCAUAGCUGGUUCAACUUCAGUCCCCUCUUCAUCAAUUUGAAAAAAAAAGGUCAAGAGCUUCUCUGACAGAAAACUUUCUGAUGGGGCGCCGACUCAUUGUGUUCAGAGUAAAAUGUUCAAAUGCCUAGUGUGGAGGAUAUCAUAAGCCCUCGAGACAAAUAAAUGUAAAACACAAUAUUUAUGAUUGAUCGAAAUGGUUAUCGGUCAGAUUUGACCCUGACACGACAGGAAGGCUAGAGCAGUUAGGGUCACCUCUCAACCCCCACAGCCCUCGCACCACCCACACACACAGACGAUUUCUAACAAUAUAAUCUUUAUUGUGUCAUUAAAGAAUUUAUAUUAUAAAAACACGAUUGAAUACAAA